AUUUGAGAAAUAAGUAAUCCUUCAUACACUUUUCUUUUUAGUUAAAGUUCAAUAAGUUUGCAACUGGUAGGUGCAGCCUAUUAUGGUAUAAAAUGGGCAACUCUUUUAAUAAGUACAAACCCGACAAGGAUCUACAAGAGUAUUUUCAAAAAUUUGACGAGUUAUACCUCACAAAAAAUCAAGUCCGGAAACGUAAUUACGUCGUCUUUCGUGUAUUAUGUCCGCUAGCCAUUGGAUUGGGCGGACUGUAUGUUUUAACAUACGCUGGAAGACUUGCUUACUACGGAAUACCAUCAGUUCACAGCAACGCUAUUAUAGAGGGUUACAAGAAACGAGAGGAGCGUCAUUUACAAUAUGUAAAGGAAAAUCCAACCUAUGUGUCGGCAUUGCUCAAAGGUUACGAGGCACUUCGGCCACCAAAGGAUUUCUAAUUUAUUCCAAACAUCCAAUUAACUCUGUCACAGCAACACCGAACAUUUAUUUUCAUUCUUCGCCCUUGAAAAACUUUUCCUCACCUUUGUACAACGUGGCUGGUGCUUCAGUGCUUUCUCAGAAUAUUCGAAAUUUUCGAACACAGGAAAAUGAAACCAAGCCUGUGGAGCAGCAAGAAAAGCCUGAGUCCUAUAAAAGAAAGCAGAAAUACAAAGGAAAAGGCACAGAAAAUGACUCUGAAAGCAAAUUUGGACUGAUUUUGAAAUAUGGCUUGGGAUCUGCCUUGGUCAUAUCUUUGGUAACUGGUCCAUUAAAAUUGUUUGAUGAUGAAUUUAGAUCUUACGUCCCCACCCAAUUACCUUAUCCAGAGUAUGCGUUGUAUGUACCAAUUGUAGCCAUCAAUGUGUUCGUGUUUAUACUCUGGAGAAAAAUACCGCAGAAAAUGUCAAAGUAUUUUACUCUCUCUGCUCAACGAGGUGUCCGAAACUUUGGCUCAUUAGUGGGUUCUGCGUUCAGCCACAAAAGCUUCCUCCAUCUGUGUAUCAACAUGUACGUGCUCAGUAGUUUCUCUGCUGCAUGGUUCAUACAUGCAAAGCUUUCAAACCAACGUAUGAAUUCGGACCUGGAAAUUGUAUCUCAGUUUCAUGAGUUCUUUUUAUCUGCUGCAAUUGCAUCAAGCUUUGGCAGUUUUGUUGUGAAACUUCUUGGUGGGAUAACCGUGCCUUCUCUGGGUGCAUCAGGAGCAAUCAUGGGUUUAAUUGGUUACAUCUGCUCGAAAAUCCCUGAAAGUCGUCUUAGUAUUGUUUUCCUUCCCCAAUGGAGUUUCACUGCUGAUUCUGCUCUUAAAGGCAUUGCAACUUUUGAUGCUGUUGGUCUUCUGGUUGGCAUGGCAACCAAGUGGCGAUACAUGGUGCUGGACCAUGCUGGUCAUCUUGCUGGUCUCUUGUUUGGCAUUUGGUACGCACACGCUGGAGCGAACAUCUUUUCUGCGUGGUAUCGUUACUGUAGAAGGGUGAAGGAUGGUAUGCAAGGGCGGAAGAAAUAAUUUUGUUUUCUUUCAAAAGUUCUUAAUCUUCGUUUGGUUCUUACAAAUGUAUUACUAGGAGUUACCAAUAAAAUUUGCUGUGUAUAU